AUGAAACUCUCUGAGUACACAAUCGAUUCGUACUACAAGGCAACAAGAGUUGCCAAUAGUAUAUUUUUCAUUCUACUUUUUAUUUCUCUUCCUUUGUACUUUGUUGUGUACCACAUUGGAUUCAAUGGAUACCUCGUGCACGAAGGGCCUGUGCACCUACAGGACUCUCUGUACUGCAUUUCCUACUGCAUGGGAAGGUGUCUCGGAGUGAUCCUCCUGGGCAACGGGCUGAUGGUAAGCACGUGUGCAAUUAUUCACUUAUUCACGCCGUACUAUCUGGCGAAGUGUGUCUCGUACUUUAUCAGCCUUCUUACGCUUCCUGUUAUCUCUCUGAUCCUCUACCUCUCCUGCUAUGCCGUCUUUGGAAGCAUCUGGAACAACGUAACCAACGUUAUCUAUGGCUCAACAUCGAUAAUACUUGGCGGCGUGCUCCUCUCCCUCAUCCCUCCCUUCUGCAGGAGAAGAGCGCACACUCUCGCAGGCAUGCUCCUAUUCGGAAUGAAUGCGUGCAAAAUUGCCAUUAAGUCUAUCCUCUGGGAUGUGUUCCAUCUUUCAGUCAUUCCUGUUUUGCUGAGUAUUAUUUACCUUAUGGUUCUGCGCGUACACAGACUCAAUAUAGCAUCCAUUAGCAUAUCCGAGACUAAGUGGUUCUGGCACAGGCUUAUGUGCAUAGGAUCGGGAGCCUUUAUUAGAAUAUAUUUCUCAGUUGUGGUGUUCUACAGCACAUUCAAAACAGAAGCUCUCCAGAACACCUGGCCAGAGUACCAGCGCAUUGCCAUUCUUUAUGCAUCUGGUGCUGUUUACAGCAUUCUCUCUUCUUUAGCACUGGUGGAGCAUUUGCAUGCUCGAUACUACUACAGUAUUCUUGCAUCAGCUGGCUUUUACCUGAUGAGAAUGGGAUUUGCAUACUGGGUGCCAUACCAAGUCCUGCAGACGUACAGAGCAUUUGACAAGGCAUGCGUGGUCAGCCGGGUGGAGUGGAUGAAGAAAAACAAAAAACAUUUCGUGUACUUUGAAGUGUGCAGGUACAUUUCUGUAAUCUCCAUUGUGUUCAUUCCCCUGUGCAUUACAUACUACAUAUUUGAAAGGUACCACGGAGACACCACCUCUGAAAUGUCGAUUACUCUUUCUUUUAUGCGCAUGACAUUUGCGUACCUCUUCAACGGCCUGGAUGGAGCCAUGAUUAUCGUGUACAUCGGACAAAGACUGUCGCUGCCACAGAAAACAGCAAAGAGAGUGACGUACACAGACAUAAUACACAUAUACAAGCCAGCUGCAUCAGAAAUAUACCAUGCCUAG